AUGAUGAAUAAUUCUAAUGAUAAAACAUCAUUUAUCAUAUCUCAAAAAGGAAAGAAAAUGUUGAAUAUAAACAAUUUCAUCUUUAAAUUGAAUAAGACAACGAGCACAACGAAAUACUAUCGAUGUGAAGAUUCAUGUUGUACUGUUACUGCUCGUACUGAUCUUGAAGAUAUUAUUUUAAACGUUAAUGGUGAUCAUUGUCAUCCACCUGAGCCCGAAGAAAUUCAAAUUCGAACAUUCAAACAAGUUGUAAAAGUACGUGCUAUAAGUGAAAGUACACUAAUUCCACAGAUUUAUGACGAGGAAGCAGCCCGAAUCGAUUUAACGACAUUAUCAAUUACUGCUUUACCGUCUCAAAGAGAACUUGGUAGUACAUUAAAUAAAGCACGUCGUCUACAAACAUCAUCUAUUCCUAAUUCUCAAUUAUUUGAUAUCCCAGAAUUGUAUUUUGCAGCGUUUGUUUGUGUUUUUGCUCUUUUACCUGAUCGAAAAAAACAUACGUACAAAUAUUUAUUUCAUGAAUUACAUAAUAAAGCUGCUCAAUUAAAUAUGACUUUCAAUCCAUGUACUAUUAUGUCAGAUUUUGAAGGCACAUUAGCUGAAAUACUUAAAAUUGAAUUUCCUAAUAGUCAAUAUGUGGACUGUUUCUUUCACUAUACACAGGCGAUCUAUCGAAACAUCCAAAAACUUGGUUUAUCUUCUGAAUAUGUUGCUGAUGAUGAAUUUCGAAAUACUUGCCGAAAACGUAUGGCGCUUGCUUUAAUGCCUGUUUCAUUAGUUCUACAAGCAUAUGAUGAUCUUCAUGAUUCAGUUCUUGGAUCAUCAUCGAAAAAAUUUGAUUUACUUAAACCUCUUUUUAGUUAUUUUGAGAAUCAGUGGAUCAAAAAUAUAGAUAUUCAAAGAUGGAAUGCUUAUGGAUAUAAAUAUGUUGCUGUUUUUCAUAAGCUUGUAGGUUACCACAAUCGUCUUAAUUUACGCAUAGCUAAAUAUCAUCCGAACAUAUGGGCUUUCAUAAGAUGUAUUCAAGGUGAAGAAAAUAGAUUUAAUCAUUUAUUAAUUCAAAUGAAAGGUGGUCUCACAGCUCGACCAAAAACAAAGACAACCCUUACUAUUCAACACCGAAUCGAUACAUUAUAUAUUCGUUACGGUAAUGAUGAUAUUAAUGCUAAUGAACUUCUCGAUGGAUUAUCUUAUGUUAUUGCUAAAAAUGUUAAGUCAAAAAGAAAAUGA